UUUUCCAGCAACACUCUAAUCUUGACUUCAUUCAAGUUGUUUCAGGACCUUGGAGCAACCUUGCAACAAUAUUAUGGAGCUUCACAUCACUGAGCAUAAACAGCAGUGUGAUGGAGCUGGAACAAUCCAAAAUGAAAAAAAAGUACCUGGAUAUGAACAUGUGAAAAGGAUAGAUUAUUCCUUGCCUAAUGUAACAAUAAGAUCAUAUGUCAAUGAUUACUGUGUAUUGUAGUAUUUGGAAUUAGCGAAUGGUGUUGCUUUGAAGUUUAAGGCUGAAGAUAGUCCUGGAGUUCGCUCUGAACAAUCUAUCUUGAAUCCAAAGUCAUAGUGUGGCAUCAAAUCAAACAAUAAGAGAAUGUGAAGCUUGAAAAUACACACCAACAGUAAAUUGUAUGGUACUGCCAUAAUUCCACUAAUGUUGGUUUAACAACUAUUAACAGCUGCAUCAUUGCCUUCCUGAAUCUUAUUCUCUAGGCCCACUUGCACACAGGAGUCUUUGCGCCACAGCAGUCAUUAGCUAUCGUUGGCAAGAAACUCCAUCAAGUGUUUCACAGUGUAUUAGAGAACCUGGUCAACGUUACGAGUGGUUACUGUUUGCCUGAACCCUACUUCAGCACUAAGGUUAAAAUGUGGGUCACAAAAUUGAUGACAACUCUCCGAGACCCUUCCCUACCACUUCUUGAGUUGCAAGACAUUAUGACCAAUGUUUCAGGCAGGAUCCCCGUGAGUGUGGAGAAGGCCAUUCGAAAAGUGAUAGCCCAGUAUGCCAGUAACAUCACUUCUGUGCUCAGUCAAUUCCCCAGCCAGCAGAUUGCCAAUAUCCUGGAUAGCCAUGCAGCCACCCUUCAACGGAAAGCAGACAGAGAAGUCUUCUUUAUGAACACACAGAGCAUUGUCCAGUUGGUGCAGCGCUAUCGAAGUGGGAUUCGUGGGCACAUGAAAUCAGUUGUCCUUGACCUGCUGAGGAGGUAUCUGAAUGUGGAAACACAGUUUCAACAAGCUCAUUAUGACAAAUGUGUGAUCAACUUGAGGGAACAGUACAAACCUGAUAUGACACCAGUACUUGACUGCAUCUUCUCUCAUGCACAGGUGGCCAAGAAAAACAUCCUAGUUAUCAUGUUAAUUGUAAGUACAAUAAAAUGAGCAGAACCUGAGUAGAGGUUUAUCCAUUUACUUAGUCCAGUCUAGGUUUUCUGACCAAGCAACAUUGAUGUCCCCUGCAGUGAAAUCUUCCCAAUAACUG